AUGAGCGCAUGGCUGGAACGGCAGCAGGCCCGCACCAUCAAGCCUGCUGCCGACGUACCUGCAGAGGAUGUGACCCAUCAACGUAUCAGCCUAUACAAGGACUCACCCAGUGGAGAGGUCUGCAUAGAAGAGUUUGAGCGGUUCGCAAUAGAUAGAUUGAGAGUGCUAAAGGGUAUUGAGGACGCAAAGACAAAGGGAUUCAAGGGCGAUCAGCUCCAGGGGUUGGUGAUCCAGCUGGCAGAGAAGCAUCUCAAAUGCGCAACAGCUGAGGAAACCAGGUGGAAAGAUGCUGUCUCGCACUUUGUGCUGCGGCUGGCUUACUGCAGGACAGAGGACCUGCGCCGCUGGUUCCUGCAGCAUGAGUGUGAGCUCUUCCGCUGCCGCUUCAAGAACGAGAUGCCCACGAGCCAGGUUGAGUUCAUGAGGCGGCACAGCUUUGCAUAUGAGGCGCUGGCCGGAGAGGAGUACCAGGGCCUGAAGGCCGAUCUGGUCAAGGUGCCGUUCGAGCAGGUGCCGGAUCUGGUGGCGUCGCGGCGAGUGCUGCUGCGCGGCGGCGCUGCGUACGUGUCGCGGCACGAGGUGGCCUCGCUCGUGGUGGGCCACUUCCGCGCCGGGCUGAGCCAUUCGCUCGCGCUCACCGCGCGCCGUUGGGCGGCCAGCAUCGCCGACGAGGAAGCCGAGCGGCUCACGCCCGUUGUUCUGUCGCUGUCCGAGAGGUACCUGGGCCCUGACUAUGGCGAUGGGGAGAAGGGACCCCAGGAGGUGGUGACUGCAGCACAGCUACCAGCGCUGGCCAAGCAGUCCUUCCCUCUCUGCAUGCAGAACAUGCACAGCCGCCUGCACGCAGACUCCCACCUGAAGCACUUCGGCCGACUGGAGCUGGGCCUCUUCCUCAAGGGCAUUGGGCUGCCCCUGGAGGAGGCCAUGAAGUUCUGGCGCGCGGAAUUUGCACCCAAGGUCCAAGGCGAGAAAUUUGACAAGGAGUACGCGUACAAUGUGCGCUACAACUAUGCCAAGGAGGGGAAGCGCACCGACUACACUCCCUACUCCUGCAAGAAGAUUAUCAGCAUCCCAGUUCCCAAGAACGAGGCGUUCGGGUGCCCCUACAAGACGCUGAGUCCGGCGGAUCUGGCAGAGCAGCUGCGCGCGAUGCGGCUGCCGCAGCGCAGCGUGGAGGAAGUUGUGGCCAAGGCCAGGGCCGGGCACUUCCAGCUGGCAUGCAUGGCCGAGUUCGAGGGGCGCCACUCCUGCAUCUGCGACGAGGGCAUCAACCACCCCAAUCAGUACUAUGAUGAGAGCCGCAAAGUGCUGGUGGAGCAGCAGAAGCCAGCUGAGCCAGCCACACCAGCCGCAGGAGCAGCGGCAGUGCCAGGAGCCACCCAGCCCAAAGCAGCAAUUGGGACUCCUGGAAUCAAGAUUACUGUCGCAGCCACCUAG